AUGAAGAAGACAUCUUUGAAAAAUGAAUACAAAGUCGAUCAAGACUUCAUCUUUGGUUCAAUGACCAAAGUAGGUCGGAGGUCUAUAAAUGCCACGGAAAAAAUUAGUCAGUGUCGCAAAAAGUCGUCUCGCCAUAACCAUAGUUCCAGUCCUCCUCGGUUGACUAGCAAAGGCCGGUGCCAUAUUGGAAUACAGUGUGUGAUGCCCUCAGUUCCUUGGAACCCGUUUGGGUUUUCAGCAAAGCCCCUUCGUUUUCCAAGACUUCGUGUCGGAAACAAGAGACAACCUAUUGUGCCUUUAAAAGAAUGGAAAUUAGUGAGAGGGGAUACGGUAUGAUACUUGAUCAUUUUAAUAUGCGUUCAAAAAUCUCACAGCUAGUUGACGACUGAAUACACAUGGUAUGAUGAAAGAUAAUGUAGUCUUGUUCGCCGAUAAGCUUCAUUUAAGUUCAGUAUUUCAACUAGAUUAACUCCAUCUCUAACGAUGUAAAUGAUGGUCGAAGGAAAUUUCACUAUCUUGGAUAUGUAGCGCUUUUCACUUACUCUUCUGAAGGAACGAAAACAAGCGAAUUUAAUGUUAACCGUUUUAGUGUAGAGAAGACAAUUUUAUGAGGAGGGUAACACUUAAAAUGGGGGGAGAUCAGAAAUGGUGCUAAUUUUUAAUUUUUAGUGGGUAAGAGCGAAGAGCUUCCCACCUCUUGGAAUGAGGUGGGGAUGUCUAAGGAGUUAACAGCCCUUCCCCCCCAGCGCUGCUUCCAAACUGUCCUAAGGUAAACUUAUCAUAGCAUUUUUAAUCUCAAAAUCUGAGGUAAUAAAUUACAUUAAGGUGGUGUAUUGAAUCAGUCCAUAAAUUUUAUCCACUCAAGGUGAUGAUUCUUGGUGGGAAAGAUAGAGGAAAGAUUGGAAAGAUCAAUGAAGUGGUUAGAAGCAAGAACUGGGUAUUUGUUGAAGGAUUAAACACGGUAAUUCAUUCUUUUUAUUGACAUUUAGUGGAUGUGCAACCUACACAUGGGAGUCUGUGAUAUAAACCAUGUCCAAAAUACUUUUUUUCCUUAGCUAGUAAAAUGUAUGAGGGACCAGUGCUGGGAAUGGCCCAUUGUUUUUUCACCUUGUGGUAUUUGUUACAUCAAUGAAUAACACAAUCAGGGAAUAGAGUAUAUUAAAAUCAUUGAUGGAAUCUCUUUUAGUACAUGUAUUUGGUACAUAGUCGUUAGCCUAAGGGAGGGAGCCCAUAGUCUGUUAUCAAGGGUUUUCCUGGAGUCUCUGCCCCAGGCCUUUUUCUUUACCUGUCUAUGGGUCAGUCCUUGUCUCCUGAUGUGUGCUUCCUGAUCCAGUGUAACAUUUUUCUCAACUUUCCCCUCUUCCCUUUGCCUUAAAAAAUUCUAGGUCAAUGAUUUUGCUCUGAUUUAACUUAAAUUUUCACUCUUGAGAUCUCAUUAAUAGUAAAUCCCUCUUACUGUCUAUCUACAGUUCUUAUGAUGUUAGUUAGGAGAAUUUGGGUUUGGAUCAACCAAUAAUCCCCUAACUGAUAUUUAUUCUCAUCACUAAUGUCUGCUGUCUGCUUUAUGUAGUACUGAUAUUGUAAAGAGAAAUUAUGUCUUCAUGGGAGUUGAGGGAUUUAAUGUCAAAAUGACCAUCACCUACCAUUCUCCAAGGUCUCCUCUUGAUCAAAACAAAAAUCAUACAUACAGUAUGAUUUAAAUUGUAGCUUGGAUUCUAUUGUUGUUUACCAUAGAGAUUCUAUUGUUGUUUACCAUAGAUUGUUAUUAACCAUUUCUUUCUAUUUCUUGACAGCACAAACGUUACAUCCCUCCACAAAAAGGUUACGAUGGAGGACUUACUAACAGUGAAGCCCCACUUCAGGUGUCAGAAGUGUCUCUCAUAGAUCCUUCAGAUGGGUGAGCAGUGACAUUCACUAUUUUUUUUUAUACGUACAUUUUGAUAGGUUCUUAUCUAUGAUUUAUUAAAGGAUAUAUGCACAGGUGACAUUACCAUUAACAGCAUUUUGCUUUUUUUAUCAUAGGACACUUACAUAUUCCAUGUUGCUGUAGGUCUGCACUGUAAUAGAUUGCAGAAAAUGUCAAAAUGUGGUAUGAGAAUCAGUGACAUACUCAGUCAUGCCUGGUGUGGCACUUUUUUUGUUCUUACCACAUUUUGAUGUCAUCUGUGAUCUAUUGCUGAACCAACACACAGCAACAUGGAAUAUAUUAUUUAAGUAGAGAGUAUGUUUGUAGAUAUAGAUCAACAUUUUCUCGUAGAAAAUACUGAUCUAGCAACAAGGAGUAAGAAACGAGAUCAAUUUUCCCAUCUUUUGUCCUCUAUUUAGACACAACACAACAGACAUGGGUCAACAUGAACCUUGUGAUGACCAAGUUCAUCAUAGACGGAAUUCUCUGUUGCUCAAUGAACUACAACAUUUGGCUAAAAUAAAAACUCCAAAACUCCUUGAAAUUUCAAACAAAGGGGUAACAAACAAAAGCUAAAAAAACUGAGUAAAACUCUGUGAAACAAACAACAAAUCCAAUCUUAGGCUUCUUUGAUUUCUCAUGGACUCCAAGAAGUUUUUUUUUGAUCCCAUUGUCAAGACAAGAUGAAAAAAUAUUUUUCUUUAUAACAAAGAUAUCUUCGUCCUAGCAUAAAAAUUGUUAUCACCAGCAUACAAGUGUAUCUAACUAAGAAAUACUCUUUUUUCUAGGAAACCCACAGAUAUAACCUACAGAUUCACAGAAAAGGGUGAAAAAGUUAGAGUAUCAGACCGCACAGGUCGUAUCAUUCCUAAGCCACCAUGGGAACGAAGAGAUGUUAAGAACAGAUCAGCUAUAAAAGGUCAGUUACUAUUCAAUAUUCAGGAAUAAAGAGAUUGCCAACAGCUAUCUGGUAAUAAUUGUUUUUAUUUUUUCCCCUGAAUUUUUCAUUACCAAAAUUAGACUAUUUAUUGGCAUUUGCCAUUUCAUUGUUUAUCAUUGUUUUUGACCAGGGUUACCUCUUGUAUUGUGCUCUUGGGCUGACAAAUUUUCUCUCAAACUUCCGCUCUCCACCAAGGAGUAUAAAUGGGCAAUGGCAAAGUGUCAGGGAGAGCCCUUGAAACACUGUAGGGGGAGGAGGUAAUCCUGUGAUGAACUUAAGUCCCAUCUAGGGUUUAGAAGCUCACUCCUUGUUGUUCAGGCCAGAUGUGCUCAUUGACCUCUGUAUACGUGAACAGGCAUUAUAGUAUGCAUUACAAGCUGUUAUUAGGGUAAUGAAUUACUACUAACUUUUUUAUCUGUUUUGUUUAGAUGGUGAUUUUGACACACCUCCAUCAGCAGUUACCAAAAAAACCUAUAUCCCAUCGCUGCUGUAUUUUCAUGAGGAGAUCAUGCAUGCACUGAAGGUACCUCCCACCAUUCCAAAAACAGAACCAGAUCGAAGAGAUCUGAUGAUGAAGGAAGUCGAAAAAGCUGCAAAUUGGCAUUUGGACACAACUGCAAAUGCUAAACUUAGUCUUAUAGACAAAAUUUACUUCUCAGUCAGUAAUUAUGCUGAUAGACUUAUACGGUUUUUAAGGAUUGAUAAAUUAUAACGACUUUUUAAUCUUCAAUCUUCUCAAGUGAAAGAUAUGGACAGAUUGCCAUCCUCCUAUGAUAACCUAUCUUUCUUGCAGCCAUUGUUUGGACCAUCUCGCGAAACAACACUCUCUCUGGCAGGGAGAAAGAGUGUUGUGCAAAACAACCAAAGGCUGCAGAGCAUAAAUAGAAGAAGAAUCUCUACUUGUAGUAAAAGAAAAGUACCCAACACCAUUUGUUCUUGUAUUCAUUAAAAAUGUUUAAAUCAAGUGAAUUCCAAAUGAUGGUUUGGUUUAAACAUCUAAUGUGCCCCCUUAUUAGACAGUAGUGAAAGAACUGUCAGUAGCCAAACCCCUCCUAUGUUCCAUACCUUUCCACUUUACCCAUUGUGUUCUUCCACAGGCAUCCCAAGCUCACAUCUUGAGAAAAAGCUAAUGAUUAAGUCAUGAAAGCAUCAUACGUUGAG